UUUUUCCUUCACUCACCAUUCUAAUCCGUGGGAUGUCUGGAAGACAUGCGUGGGCACAACAACUUUGCCUUUUGCCAAGAGGAGCCAAAUCAAAUCAAAAGCUAUUUGUUCCAGAACCCCGACCUGCACCUAAAAAUGAUGUUGGAUUAAAAUAUAGUGUGAAACAUCGCCCGUUUCCUGAGGAAGUGGACAAAAUUCCUUUCGUGAAAGCAGACCUGAGCAUUCCAGACUUGCAUGAGAUAGUUACUGAGGAACUGGAAGAACGUCAUGAGAAACUGAGAAGUGGAAUGGAUCAGCAAGUACUUUAUGAGAAAUCUAUAGAUCAGAAAAUGGAAGAAGAAUGGAGGAAGAAAAACUUCCCUGAUCCAGUCACAGAGUGUAAACCAUCACCUCCUGCACAGGAGUUUCAAACAGCCCGCCUCUUCCUUUCUCACUUUGGAUUUCUAUCUCUAGAAGCAUUGAAG